GGGCUGGGCUUUGUUUCUUCAAUAUUUGUCUAGGCCCACCCUUGUUGAUGGCUCGGUUUUUUUCUUCCUCGCUUCAGGGUUUUACAAAUCACAAUGCUAGCUUUUCUUCCUCACACUGUCGCAGUCGCACAGCCGCCGCGAUCUGCUGGCCCCAAAACCCUAGCUCCAUGGGAGCCGCCGCUUCUUCUCCUCCCCCACCUUCCCUAGAGACAGCCACCGUUGCCUCCAGUCCUGAUCCUCCUCCCCGAGAGGCAGCCGCUACACCAGCCAAAGAAGAUCACCAGCACUCCGCCCCCGCCGCCGCCGCCGCCGCGGCCGGCGGCGUCGCGGACGAUGCGGCGGCGGCGGCUCCUGCUGGUGGAGGCGGCGCGGAAGAUACCGCGGAGACGGUGGUCAUCGAUGCCUCAGCCGAGGCCGGCGGAGCAGGGGAGGGGGAGGAGGAGCAAGCGGAGUGCGGGUUCUGCCUCUUCAUGAAGGGCGGCGGCUGCAAGGACGAGUUCGUCGCGUGGGAGAAGUGCGUGGAGGAGGCGGAGGCCGCGGGUGCCAGCGUCGACGUCGUGGAGCGGUGCCAAGACGUCACGGCCGCGCUGCGGAAGUGCAUGGACGCGCACGCCGACUACUACGAGCCUAUCCUCCGGGCCGAGCGCGCCAUGGCUGCGGACCUCGAGGCCUUUCAGGCCGAAGAAGCCGCCUCCGCCUCCGCAGCGUCGGCGUCCGAGGAAGGCCAGAAGAAGGAGGCGGCGGCCGAGGCAGCGGCGCCGCCGUCAGACGGAGGCCAGAAUAAGCAGGUGGCUGAGGCGGCAGUUUCGGAGGAGAGCAGAGAUUCUGCAGCCUGAUUGGGCGAAGAGGCAGCGGCAUCUUCAAAAUUUUUUGUGAGGGAUUUGAGGAUAUGAAUACCCUUUCUUCUUUCGAGCAUCAAUUAACAUGUUGUGACACGAGAGAUUGGUGUGACUAGUGAGGGAGAUAGAUUUUCUGUCCCUCUUCUCUCUACAUGAACAUGCGAUUCUUUUGAUUGAAAUCAAAUUAUACACAUGUUGCCAGAUGACUUUGAACUCUGGCUAAUCAUACAGA